GUAAAAAAAAAGAGAAAUAUACCCAAUUUAUUUUCUCCACUUCAGAAGUUAAUAAAACGAAGGUUAAUGUCUCAGGUACGCAAAACAGCUGGUAAUACAGACGAACAGCCCACAAAGCCGAAUUGUGUGUGUUCCACUUGUUUUACCCCACAGCCCUAUCCCCAACCCGGGAUCUCCACCAUGCCUUACCAAUGCUCGUAUUGUAGGCUGUACGGAAUGGAUAUGAAGAUUCUCUACACCCGUCGUUCGUUUCCAACGGAGCACUCCACUCGGUAAUCUGGAGGGAAUAGUUUUUGUGUAUAGGUAUCUUCUAUAAACAUUAUUGGUCCCGCCUAGGUAUACCCAAAGAAUAAG